CAUUCUUUCACAUAUUGAUCUCCCUUCACUUGUUUCAGUGUUUCACAACAUAAAUCUCUCUCUCCCUCUCUCUCUCUCUCUCUCACUCACACACACACACACACACUCUCUCUCUCUCUCUCUCUCUCUAUAAACUUGCAUUUGUUUACAAGAGAAAGAAAUGAGGGAGAAUUCAUCGACCAAUUUGGAAAAAAGCUACUUCGAUGUUUUGGGUUUAUGUUGUUCAUCGGAGGUGCCUUUGAUUGAGAGAAUACUUCGACCUAUUGUUGGUGUUCAUGACGUUUCCGUUAUCGUUCCGUCUAGGACCGUGAUUGUACUUCACGACCCCGUCCUGGUUUCACAGCAUGAAAUUGUUAAGGUGCUAAACCAAGCUAGUCUUGAAGCAAAUGUGAGAGUAAAAGGAGAAACAAAUUAUCGAAACAAAUGGCCAAGUCCAUAUGCUGUGGCUUGUGGUGUAUUGCUUCUAUUAUCAUUUUUGAGUUACUUUUUUUCACCAUUGAAAUGGUUGGCGAUAGCAGCUGUGGUAGUUGGCAUUCUUCCCAUAAUAUUGAAAUCUAUUGCUUCAUUGCGUAAUUUCAGACUCGAUGUAAAUACCCUCAUGCUUAUUGCAGUUGCGGGGUCACUUUAUUUAAAAGAUUUCUGGGAAGCUGGCACAAUUGUGUUCUUAUUCACUACAGCCGAGUGGCUUGAAUCAAGAGCUGGUCAUAAGGCAAAUGCUGUUAUGUCAUCAUUAAUGAACAUGGCUCCUCAAAAAGCUGUAUUGGCUAGCAAUCGUGAAGAAGUCAAUGUAAAUGAAGUUAUGGUCAACACAAAGAUUGCUGUGAAAGGUGGACAUGUGAUCCCAAUUGAUGGAAUUGUGGUGGAAGGAAGAUGUGAAGUUGAUGAGAAGGCUCUUACUGGAGAGUCAUUUCCUGUAUCAAAAGAAGUGGAUUCUUCUGUUUGGGCUGGCACUAUAAAUAUAAAUGGUUACAUUACGAUUAACACUACAGUCCUAGCUGAAGAUUGUGUAGUAGCAAGAAUGGCUAAGCUUGUUGAAGAAGCUCAAAACAACAAAUGUAAAACACAAAGAUAUAUAGACGAAUGUGCCAAAUACUACACCCCAGCUGUGGUUAUUAUAGCAGCACUUUUGGCUGUGAUACCAACUGCUAUGAAGCUUCAUAACUUACACAAAUGGUAUCAUUUAGCUUUGGUUGUUUUGGUAAGUUCAUGUCCAUGUGCACUUAUACUGUCUACCCCUGUGGCUACAUACUGUGCACUAUCAAAGGCCGCUACAACUGGGCUUUUAGUCAAAGGUGCAGAAUACCUAGAAACGCUUGCUAAAGUCAAAAUCUUUGCUUUUGAUAAAACCGGGACAAUUACUAGAGGAGAGUUUUCAGUUUCCGAAUUUCGUUCAGUCAAGGAUGACAUCGGGCUAGACAAAUUGCUAUAUUGGGUUUCAAGCAUAGAGAGCAAAUCUAGUCAUCCCAUGGCUGCAUCACUUAUAGACUACGCACAAUCCCAUUCAGUCAAAGCACAACCAGAUAAUGUAGAGGAAUUUGAAAAUUAUCCUGGAGAGGGAGUUUAUGGAAAAAUUGAAGGCAAAAAUGUUUACAUUGGGAACCAAAAGAUUGCAAGUAGAGCUGGCUGUUCAACAGAUCUAGAUUUCAAUAGUGAAGGAAAAUCAAUGGGCUACAUACUUAUCGGGUCUUCACUUGUUGGAGUCUUUAGUCUGUCUGAUUCAUGUAGAACGGGUGCAAAGGAAGCACUCAAAGAACUCAAAUCAAUGGGUAUUAAAACAGCUAUGCUUACUGGAGAUUCUAAAGCUGCAGCAAAUCAUGCACAUGAUCAGUUAGGAGGUGCAUUAGAGAUCCUACAUGCAGAACUUCUACCUCAAGAUAAAGCCAAAUUCAUUAAAGAUUUUCAAAAAAUUGCUCCAACAGCAAUGGUUGGAGAUGGAAUCAAUGAUGCGCCUGCUUUAGCCACUGCAGACAUCGGUAUUUCAAUGGGAAUAUCAGGUUCAGCACUUGCAACCGAAACAGGUCAAAUAAUACUCAUGUCUAAUGACAUCCGGAAGCUUCCAAUAGCAGUGAAACUCGCAAGAAAAACCCGAAGAAAAAUAUUUGAAAAUAUAUUUGUUUCUGUUAUCAUCAAGGCUGCUGUAAUUGCUGUAGCUCUUGCAGGGUAUCCGCUUGUUUGGUUAGCAGUUCUUGCAGAUGUUGGAACCUGUUUGGCAGUGAUAUUGAACAGCAUGCUUCUGCUACGAACUAAAACGGUUUCAAAAAGUGGAAAAAAGCAUUCACAUUCUUCACAUGAUCAUAAACAUUGCCAUUCUUCUCACAAGCAUGAUAAGGGUGAGUCUAGAAAUUGUCAAUCUAAGAAGGGUUGUUGUGGUCAUGAUGGUAAGGUGCAUGAGGCGAAGCAUGGUUCUUGUGGUCAUGAUGAUGAUCAUGUACAUAAGGUGAAUCAUUCAAUACAUGGACAUGAUUGUGCUCAUGAUGGGCACAUACAUGAGGUCAAGAUAAUAGUGGAAGAAUCAAAAGAUCAUCAGAGUUGUUGCGUACAUGAUGAUGGAGAUGCACAUGAUGUAAAGGGUAUUGUACAAGAAACAGGAGCCAAACAUGGUUGUUGCUCUCAUUCGAAAGAAGAGAUCCAUGAAGUGAAGGAAGUCGUACAACAAAAAGAAAGCAGCCAUGGUUGUUGUGCCCAUGGUGAUGAGGUGCAUGAGGUUAAGCAGUCAGAACAAGUACAUGAAAGCCAUGGAUGUUGUCCUCAUGAUGAUGAUUCUCAUGCUCAUGAUGAGGUACAUAAGGUAAAGUACACUGUUGGAGUGAUAGAAAACAAGUAUGGCUGUUGUGGUCACGCUGAUAAUGAAGCACACGAUUACAUGGAUUCAGAUGUGGAAUCACAACUAAAACGGAGUAGUAGUUGUGGGAAUGUGAUUAAGAAGAAUGGUGAUUGCUGCCAUGACCAAAUAACCCACAAGAAAAGCCACUCGCAUCAUGAAACACAUAGGAAUUCAAGUGAUGAUCACCAUGGCCAUGUAAAAGAGUACAUCACCAAAGAGGAGUUGGGGAAAGUGGUAAGACAUUGUUGCCAGAAGCAUGAGGUAAGUGGGUGUUGCAAGAGCUUCAGAAAGGAAUGUUGUGUGCACGUUGGAUUCAAUGGCGAGGGGGGUUUAUCAGAAAUUGUAGUUGAAUAAAUGCUUAAAUUUCUAAAGUUUAGAAAAUGCCCUAUUUUGUAAGCUUUAGGUACAUCUAGUUCAAAAAGGAUAAAAAUCUAUUGACCCUUUUUGCUAGAAUUUAAGAAGCUUUCUAUAUAGCAUGUUAGUUGUCUCCAAUAUUUGCAUAUUGUCUACAAAACUGAAUUUGAAAAAAUGUAUGUAGAUAUCAUGUUGUGGAC